AUGGAAGCUCUCUUCUUGAGUUCUUUUUCUUCCUCCAUUGCUGCAUCAAUCAAGCUUUCAAGAUUACACGACCGUCGUGACUGGUGUACAUUGGUUAAGGACAAGAAAAGGGUAAGCCCCACCUGGUGCCGUGUAGGUGGUGGUGGUGGUGGUGAUGGGAGAAACAUCAAACCAGAGAGGCCUAUUAGGGUCUCUUCUCUUUUGAAAGACAGAGGUCAAGUCUUGAUUAGGGAACAGAGUUCCCCGGCUAUGGAGGCUGAGACAUUGGUUCUGUCUCCGAAUGGAGUAAAAACUUUGAUGCCUUUUAAUGGUGCUGCUAUGGUGGGGAUUAAAGAGGGUCUAGGCAUUGUCAGUUAUCUCCAAGGGAAGACGUUUCUAAUCACUGGCUCCACUGUACUGAUUGAGAAGGUCUUGAGAAUGGCUCCUGAUGUUGGUAAGAUAUAUCUACUGAUUAAAGCUAAAAGCAAAGAAGCUGCGAUUCAGAGGUUAAAGAACGAGGUAAGUUCAUCUUCUUUUUUGUUCUUGCUUAGUCAUGUUAUGUACAUAACCAUAUCCCAUGGGGUUGCUGUUUUUCAGGUGUUAGAUGCAGAGCUUUUUAAUACUCUAAAAGAGACUCAUGGAGCAUCUUACCAGUCUUUCAUGUUAGACAAACUCGUCCCUGUGACAGGAAACAUUUGUGAUUCAAACAUUGGGUUGCAAGCAGAAUCAGCUGAGGAGAUUGCAAAUGAAGUUGAUGUGAUUAUCAACUCUGCUGCCAAUACAACCUUCAAUGAAAGAUAUGAUGUUGCUUUGGAUAUAAACACAAGAGGGCCUGGUAAUCUCAUGGGAUUCGCCAAGAAGUGCAAGAACCUCAAGCUUUUCUUGCAAGUAUCCACAGCUUAUGUGAAUGGACAAAGACAAGGAAGGAUCAUGGAGAAGCCAUUCUCCAUGGGAGAUUGUAUAGCAACAGAAAACUUCGUGGAAGGGAACAGGAAAGCAUUAGAUAUCGAAAAAGAGAUGAAGCUAGCUCUUGAUGCAUCAAGAAAAGGAGCUAAAGAUCAAGAAGAGGGGCAGAAGAUGAAGGAUCUUGGUCUAGAGAGGGCAAGAUCAUAUGGAUGGCAAGACACUUAUGUUUUCACAAAAGCAAUGGGAGAGAUGAUGAUCAAUAGCACAAGAGGGGACGUACCUGUGGUUAUCAUAAGACCUAGUGUCAUCGAAAGCACUUACAAAGAUCCCUUCCCUGGAUGGAUGGAAGGAAACAGGAUGAUGGAUCCUAUAGUUCUAUGUUAUGGAAAGGGACAGCUCACAGGUUUCUUGGUGGACCCGAAAGGAGUUCUUGAUGUUGUUCCAGCUGAUAUGGUUGUUAAUGCAACAUUAGCUGCUAUAGCAAAGCAUGGAAUGGCUAAGGCAGAUCCAGAGCCUGAGAUUAACGUAUUUGAUAACAGCAAUACACAUAGAUUAAUGGAGAAUAUGUCUGAAGAAGAGAAGAUUGAGUUUGGGUUUGAUGUUGGAAGCAUUAACUGGAAUGACUACAUUACAAAUGUUCACAUUCCCGGUUUAAGAAGACAUGUGUUGAAAGGAAGGGCUUAG